AAACGUCCCGCCCGUUCUUCAUGGUUGCCAUGGUAGACAGUUAAAAGUCCCACCCAAUAAUCACAUGUCCCGCCUGUUGACCUGGACUUCCCUGCACCUGAUUGGCUGAUACGUGUGUUAUUUUUAAGUCUCUGUGCAUUGAUUGGCUAAUCCCAACGUUUGUCAAAAAUAUAAACUAAACGGACUUCCUGCUUUUGUUAGGUUGUCCUCCCUGGCAUGUAUUUAUGUGACAUGAUUUUUCAUCAACUCUGACAACUAGACAACGUUGUCCUUUGAAUUAUAUUUCUCACCGACUAAAGCAUUGAAAACUCCACAGUGGGUCGAUGUCCAAAGACAACCGCCAUGAUGGACGGCGGCGUGGCGCUGGGCAGCAUCGUCUCGGCCCGAGAGUUAGCCAAGGAGGAGACGGGAGGGAGAGGUCUGGUAGCAACAGCUCUGGCUCCUCGCAUGGAGGGGGCAAAAGCAAGAAUGGAACCAUAUCCGCAUUGAAGGCAUCAUUUCAGCGCUCCAACAGCUUGGACAAAGUGAGGAAGAUUGUCGCUGAAGAGGGCCGUGCUGCUCGAAACCUCAUUGCCUGGAGUGUACCUCUAGAGAACAAAGAGGAGGAAGCAAAGUCCAAAAGCAACUCUGGCAACAGUUCAAGAGCUCAGAGGAUCAAUUCUGGGCAACAAAGGAAUAAGAAACAGAAUGCUGGUGUGGAAAUCAAAAGCUUGUUGGACAAGGGGUCGGAGAAGAGCCCCACCAAAACCCGGCAGCCCCGCAAAGUGGACCUGCGUGCUCGCUACUGGGCUUUCCUCUUCGACAACCUGCGCCGAGCUGUGGACGAGAUUUACGUCACCUGUGAAUCCGAUCAGAGCGUCGUGGAAUGCAGGGAGGUGUUGAUGAUGUUGGACAACUAUGUCCGGGACUUUAAAGCUCUCAUAGACUGGAUCCAGCUCCAGGAGAAGUUGGAGAAAACAGAUGCCCAGAACAGGCCCACGUCUUUAGCGUGGGAGGUACGCAAGAUGUCUCCAGGACGUCAUGUGAUGCCAAGCCCCUCAGCCGACAGGAUGGUUCCUUCCCCUGGUGCACGGCGCACCCUCAACUUUAGUGGCCCCCCACCUAUACUGGCUGCAGCCCGGCUCUCUCACACAGGCCCCAGCUGGGCUGACAGAGUGAAGUGCACUCAGUCGGCCCCUAGCUCCACUCAAUCGACCACCUCCCCUGUUGAAAAACUGGGUAAAAAAGACGCAGAGGGCUGGGAGACGGUCCAGCGAGGACGUACUGCUAAACCUCGCUCUGCCGCCAUGGUCGCCAAAGUCAGUCCUGUCUUGGCUCAGGUCAUGCCGAAACAGGACAGCACCAAGGUGAACCAACCACAACUGCCGCCGCAGAAGGAGCAACAACUCCUUCCUCAGUGUCCCCCUGGAAAAGACAAAACCCCAACGGACACGCAGGAGGAAGUUCCUGCAGAGCCCGAGCCCAUGGAGAAGGUUGGAAGUCCAGACAACGAAAAAACAAUGGAGCCCCCAACAGAGAGUCCACAAGACUCAGGGCAGUGUGUCGAAGCACCCUGCGAAGACGCGCCUCCCCCAAUACCGGCUCUUACCCCUUCCCAAGCCCCAGAGCUCACCCGAUCCUCAGCCCCAGUCCCACCAACAGACAUUACCUUAUCAGUCCCCACAGUCCCCACUCUGGCCCUCUCCCCAGACCCAGACCCUCCCCAGAUGGAUGGGCUCAGUGCACUGUUGGCCUUGGGGGACAGUGGGGCUGAGGGGGGCGCGUCGCAGGGCAUGGCCACAUCUGCUCCAGGACAGACUGAGACUCCCAUGGCAGCGGUGAAACUGGAGAGUGUGCUGGACCCCACAGAGCUUUCUACUCCCCAGUCUAUGGCAGAAGUCCUGGCUAAGAAAGAGGAGCUUGCAGACCGUUUGGAGAAGGCCAACGAGGAAGCAAUUGCCAGUGCCAUCGCAGAGGAAGAGCAGCUGACCAGAGAGAUUCAGGCUGAAAACAACGACCUGGAGACUGACAACGAGAGUGACUUCUCUGCAAGCAUCGGCAAUGGAGGUUGUGGAACGAACAUGGAUUGGAGUGACAUGCUGGCAGACUAUGACGCUCGUGAGCCGUGGCGUCAGAGCACCUCGUGGGGGGACAUCGUAGAAGAGGAACCUGCUCGGCCUCCAGGUCAUGGGAUCCACAUGCAUGAGAAAUUAUCCUCCCCAUCACGUAAAAGGACCAUUGCAGAGUCAAAGAAGAAACAUGAGGAGAAACAGCUGAAGGCGCAGCAGCUGAGGGACAAACUCCGGGAGGAAAAGACGCUCAAACUGCAGAAGCUCCUGGAGAGAGAGAAAGAGGUGAGGAAAUGGAAGGAGGAGCUGUUAGAGCAGCGUCGCAAGAUGAUGGAGGAAAAGCUGUUACAUGCAGAGUUCAAGCGAGAGCUGCAGCUCCAGGCAAUUGUGAAGAAAGCCCAGGAAGAAGAGGCAAAGGUGAAUGAAAUUGCAUUCAUCAACACUCUAGAAGCUCAGAACAAGAGACAUGACGCCUUGGCUAAGUUAAAUGAGUAUGAGCAGCGCCUGAACGAACUGCAGGAGGAGAGGCAGAGGAGGCAGGAGGAGAAGCAGGCCAGAGAUGAGGCCGUGCAGGAGCGCAAGCGAGUCCUGGAAGCUGAGCGGCAGGCACGGCUGGAGGAGCUGCUGGUGCGGAGGAAGGAGCAGGAGGCUCGAAUUGAACAGCAGAAGCAGGAGAAGGAGAAAGCUAGAGAAGAUGCAGCUCGGGAAAGAGCCAGAGACAGAGAGGAGCGCCUGGCCGCCCUCAGUGCUGCUCAACAGGAGGCCAUGGAGGAGCUUCAGAAGAAAAUUCAGAUGAAGCACGAUGAGAGCAGCCGCAGGCAUAUGGAGCAAAUCGAGCAGAGGAAAGAGAAGGCUGCUGAGCUCAGCAGUGGUCGACAUGCGAACACAGACUACGCCCCCAAGCUGACACCGUAUGAGCGCAAGAAACAGUGCUCCCUGUGCUGCGUUGUGAUCACCUCAGAGGUGCACCUGUUCAGCCACACCAAGGGCAAGAGGCACCAGCAGGCUGUGCGAGACAGUAGCAGCAUCCAAGGACGAGAGCUCUCUGAUGAGGAAGUGGAGCAUCUUUCCUUGAAGAAAUACAUUGUGGAUAUCGUGACGGACAGCUCGGUGUCUUCUGAGAGCAUGAAGGAUGGAGAGGAGAGGCAGAAGGCACGGAAGAAGGCAAAGAAACUCCGAGCCAGGAUGAACUCCAGGGCAAAGGAAUAUGAGACGUCAAUGGAGGCGAAGACACAGGUCCCCGACUCCCCAUACAAGGCCAAGUUGCAGCGCCUGGUGAAGGACUUGUUGAAGCAGCUGCAGGGCCAAGACAGCGGCCAGUGGGCCAACAACAAGGUGUCUGGUCUGGACAGAACCCUUGGAGAGAUCUCACGCAUCUUAGAGAAACAGAACAAUGCAGACCAAGUGGCCUUCCAAGUGGGCGGCGGCCUGUCGGCACUGGAACAAAUUCUGCAGGUCAUCACUGCUGCAUCCACACCCACUGCAGUUCCUCGUAUUCCUCACAAAUCCCUCUGUGCUGCUACAAACACCUACUACCUAGCCUGUUCCUGCUGCCCGCUCAACUGCUCCUAUGUGCUGUUUAGCAACAAGAUAGCACUCCUCAUGGACCUGCUGCUGCAUCAGCUUACACUGUAUGUCCCAGAAGAGGACAAAUCCAUUUUUGGGCGCAGUGUGAACAAACAAGUCUUUGAAGGUUUGACGACAGGCCUGCUGCAGGCCAUCGCUACCAUCCUGGGGUCUCUGUGGCCUCAGAUCCCUGAGUCUGGACAAGGCGAGAAGACAUGGAUUUCCUCCCCAGAUGCCAAGGUCAAGAGCUCUGCCACAGAGUCCUUCAACACUCGCACACAAGACCUCAUCAGCUACGUAGUAAACAUGGGUUUGAUCGACAAGCUGUACGGGUGCUUCUUGUCAGUCCAAGGUCCCGUAGACGAGCUCCCCAAGAUGUCCGCUUUCCUCCAGCAAGCCUCGGCUCUGCUGCACAGCAUGUGCAAGCUGUGUUUUGUCGUAACCGGACGUGCUCCUAGUAUAUUUGACAAUAAACGCCAGGACCCAACAGGACUAACGGCCCUGUUGCAGUCCACGGACCUGGUGGGAGUGGUGCACACUCUGUAUUGUAUCCUGCUGCACAGUUUCGCACCAGAGUCUGCUUCCCAGAGUCAGGAGCCCUACGGCCCCGGGGUCAUCCAGGUGGCCUUGCAGGGCAUCCGCUUCCUCAACAGUUUUGCCCUGCUUGACCUAUCCGCCUUCCAGUCUGUUCUAGGAGCUGAAGGCUUGUCGCUAGCUUUCCGACACAUCGUCAGCUCGUUGCUCUGGUACUGUACCCAGCAUUCCUCUGAGGAGCUGCUACACGAAGUCAUCAUCUGUGUGGGAUACUUUACUGUGAAUCAUCCUGACAACCAGGUGAUAGUGCAAUCUGGCCGGCAGCCCAGCGUGCUGCAGAAACUGUGUCAGCUGCCCUUCCAGUACUUCAGCCACCCACGCCUCAUCAGAGUGCUCUUCCCCUCCCUCAUCUCAGCGUGCUACAACAAUCCCCAAAACAAGGUGAUCCUGCAGCAGGAGAUGAGCUGCGUGCUGUUGGCUACAUUCAUUCAGGAUUGUGCUGCAAAUGAGAAAGACAACAAAAUGAAAAUAUCAGUUUCCCAGCCACUGGAUUUCUGCGAGUUGUCUAACCGCUUUCCAAGAGACCAGUGGGACUCAGCCCUGCAGUUUUUCCUCAAGAAACAAGACGAGUGAUGGAGUUGUACACAGUCCUCAGACUGGAUGAGGACAGAAUAGACACUACAGAAGACUGAGACCAGGACUUGUUUUUGGAUUUUUGACUUUUUCCUUUUAUUUAGUUCCUUUACUGUAAGUCGGGACAUCAGUAAAUACUGUCUUCAGAUGUUGUCAAAUGUAAAGAUGGCGAAGCCUUAUCCUACAAUAGUUUUGAUUUCCCAGAAAUCUGAAUAUGAAUAACGAGGAUUUUGCACAGAAUUGUCUUGUUUGUACUUUUCAGUAAUAAUACGCACAAUUAUUCCACUUACUGUCUAAACAAGCCAUUUGUUUCUCUUCUUGGUCCUGUUGUAGGCAGAUCCUUUUUCAAGGCAGUGACGUUCUAAGCCUGUAACAUUACUUAUGCUUUUAUUUAUAUGUUGCCAAGUGUUUUCAUAAAUACUGUUUAUGUUAAUUUAUUAUGUUUGUUUCUUUGAAUGUGAAUGACCAGAGUGUUUUUUCUAGUUUAUAAAGCCAGUUACAAGUUAUAUGACCUGCCUUGAUCGCUAUUAUAUGUUAAGAGUUAUAUUUUUCAAGUUCACAUCUUCUCCUUUCUCUCUCUGUCAGAAGGCAUUUACAGAUUAAUAUAAUUUAUUGACUUAUUUACCUUUAUUGUGAAAUAAAAGACAUUGGUAAUGUAUCUUUCUUUCUCAGUUUUAUUCUGUAUAAACUGCUAUGGAUAUCACAAGGAUGACCAUAAAAGAAACUAACACUUCAA